CACUGCUGGGGGACUCGGGGGGACCUUCUGCUGCACGUCACUGCCAUCGCUGGGGUUUCUGUUUUAUUUUACUGGAGGGGUAAGGGGAGGGAACCAAACCCAACAUGGUGUCUCCAUGUCCUCUGUUCCCCUUAUCCCCCUUCCCCCUUCUGUCAUCUCAGUAGGAAUCGGCUUUUCUUACCCUGCCCAGAGCUUUGUUUCUCCUCAGACUCACACAAGACUCCAGGAAGGAAACCAGGAUGGAUUACAGCUCAUUCAGUGGAGUUCCCCGGUUCUUGACCCGGCCUAAGGCGUUUAUAGUGUCUGUGGGGAAGGAUGCCACCUUGAGCUGCCAGAUCAUUGGAAACCCCAUCCCAGCUGUGAGCUGGGAAAAGGAUAAACUUCCAGUCCAGUCUGGGGGAAGGUUUAAAACCACAGAAGAUGGGGAUCUCUAUCAGCUAACCAUCUAUGAUCUGAGCCUGGAAGACAGUGGCCAAUACAUCUGCCGAGCCAAGAACACCAUUGGUGAAGCUUUUGCAGCUGUCAGCAUCAAAGUUGGAGAAGAGACCACAGUAACAGAGUCAGCCCCAUACUUCAUCCAGAAGCCCUCCUCCAUCAAAGUAACACUGGGAGAAGAUGCCAUGUUCAAAUGCAAAAUCCAGGGCAGCCCUCCUCUCUACGUGAACUGGGAGAAGGAUGGCAAACACGUGCGGAACCGGGCUGAUGCUGGGCGCUUCCAGAUUGAGUCUGCUGGGGAAUCAAACGCUCUCACCAUCCAGUGUGCCCGGCUGACGGACAGUGGCACCUAUACCUGUCGGGCAGAGAACCCCAUCGGCUCUGCCAGUGCUUCGGCUGCGCUGGUAGUGGAAAAACAGGGCUCUUCCAACCCGGGCAGCAGCAGCCACUUCGACACCAGCUGCGGCAAGUCGACGUCCUUGUUGUCUCACUUGCAAAAGAGGCGGGAGGAGAUCAGGAAGAUGGACAUCUCCCAUGGAACUCUUGAUUCGAUGUCUGCCCAGUCUUACUCCAUGGCAGAAGGGCUGUCUAGCAUUGGCUACAGCCUCUCCCGGGAUUAUGAGAGGGCUGCAGGACUCACCACCAAAGGGGCUCGCAAUGCAACUUUUGGGUCAUUGACACGUGUGUGCAGUGUGACGGAGGGGAAGCACGCCAAGCUGAGCUGCUAUGUGACGGGUGAACCCAAACCAGAGAUUGUGUGGAAGAAGGACAAUGAAGUCAUUGUGGAAGGACGGCGGCAUGUCAUCUAUGAGGAUGAUCAGGAGAGCUUUGUGCUGAAGAUCCUUUUCUGCAAGCAGAUAGACAAUGGGCUGUACACCUGCACGGCCUCCAACCUGGCAGGCCAGACGUACAGCUCUGUGCUUGUCACCGUCAAAGAACCCUCGAUACCCUUCAAGGAAAAACUGAAGGAUCUUGAAGUGAGGGAGAAAGAAUCUGCCACCUUCCAAUGUGAAGUGCCUGUUCCUAGUACAGAGACGUCUUGGUUCAAGGAAGAAACCAAACUCCGGCAGAGCAAGAAAUACAACAUCGAAGAAGAGGGCACAUAUCGCCGCCUCACUGUCCAGGACAUCACUGCAGACGAUGAUGCUGUCUAUAUUUGUGAGAUGAAGGAAGGGAGCAGGACCAUCGCGGAGUUGUCUGUCCAAGGGAACAUCAUUAAGAAACUUCCACGAAAGACUGCGGUCUUCUUAAAUGAUACAGCCAUCUUCUGCGUGGAGCUGGACAAUGACUGCCAGAAUAUUCGAUGGCUGAAAAAUAAAGAAGAAGUGAAAUCCAGUGAUCGAAUCUCCAUCACACGCUCUGGCAAGCAACAUACCAUGAUCAUCCGAGAGUGUAAGAUGGAAGAUGCUGGUGAAAUUGUCUUCCUGGCUGAUGAAAGCAGGACUUCUACCCAGUUCACUGUGACCACUCCCAAAAAACCUCCCACCCAACCCCCAUCUGACCCUGUAGUGAAAAAUAAAACAGAAACCUCAGUGACGCUAGUAUGGUCCCCUCCGAAGAUGGACCGACCCAUUCCAGUUGAUGGCUACAUCGUGGAAUGCAAGAAACUAAGUGGCUUAACCUGGGUGAUGUGCCAUGAGUCUCAUGUCACUGUCUCAGAGUAUACUGUAAGCAACCUGUUGGAAGAGGCUGACUAUCAGUUCAGAGUGUCUGCAGUCAACGCCUAUGGACAGAGCCCCUACUUGGAGUUCCCAGGGAGCAUGCACCUUGAACCAGUCCCAGCUGUGAAAACACCCCUGACAACUGUGGAAGUUGUACCUGGAGGAGAUGCUGUGUUUACUCUUGACCUUACAACAACAUGUUCCGGCACUUGGUACCUUAAUGGUAAAGUCUUACAGGAAAGUGAGACCUACAUCAUUAAGAGAACCCAAACUACUCACACCUUAAUCAUAAAAAAUGUUACCAAGAAUGAUGAUGGAGCAGAAGUGAAAUUUGUUGCCAAUAACAUUAACACCAGCACCAAGAUGAGAGUGAAAGCUGCUGCAGUGAGAUUUACCAACAAGAGCAGAGACGUAGAAAAGGUCUCUGCUCGGCUGCGGGAGGAAGCCAAACUUCAGGCUGAGCUUUCAGACACAGACGCUACUGUGAAGUGGAUGAAGGAUGGCAAAGAGCUUAAGGCCAGUGAAAAAUAUGAACUCCAAACUGUGGGGAAGAAGCACAUCCUGAAAAUUCGCAACGCUGCAACAGAGGAUGCUGGAGUUUACGAGUGUAUCUGUGAAGGGGACAAAAUGCUCUAUCGGCUUUCAGUGGAAGCACUUGCAAACUUCAUAAACAAAGAAAAAAGUGGAGGAGUUAUCAGGGCCAUCACUGGAAAACAGGUUGAAUUGGUUUCCGAGACCUCUGAGCCCAACGUCAUGGUUAAGUGGUACAAAAAUGGCAAAGAAAUUACAGCCGGCAAGAAAUUCACUUUGGAAGAUAAAGGAAAACUGCACAAGCUUGUGGCAUCAGCCGUGACGAAAGAAGAUGAAGGAACAUAUACAUGCAAAAUUGGAGAUGACACUCUUACUUUUGAUUUAAAAGUCUCAGAUGAAACUGUUAAUUUUGUCAACAAGCCCAAAACAACCCCAGAAAUAUCAGUCAAUUCUUCUGACAACCUUGAGCUGGUAUGUGAGGUGUCCGCUGCAAGUGGAGUUGUGGUAUGGAAGAAGGAUCAAAGAGAAGUGAAGCAGGACCAGAGGACAACAGUUGUCUCCCAGGGGACACACCGCAAGCUCAUCAUCAAGAAGGUGACACAGCAAGACCAAGGGAGCUAUACCUGUGAAACGAAGGAUGACAGAACAACAUUCCAAGUCAAAGUCAGAGAGACAGAAGACGUGUUUACAAACACGGACAAGGUACAAAAAGAGGUGAAAGCUCCGCUAUCAGAAAAUGCCACACUGAGCUGUGAGGUGGCUCAGGAGAAGACUGAUGUGAAAUGGUACAAGGAGGGGAAGCUGAUCACAUCCAGCAAGAAGUUCAAGGUGGAGUCAGAAGGCAAAUCGCGUCGCCUGGUGGUGGGUCAGCUGGAGAAGAAAGAUGCUGGGGAGUACAGCUGUGAGGCUGCUGGCCAGAAACUGACCUUCAAGAUCAGUGUCACAGAAGCAGAAGAUGCGUUUAUCAACAAAGACAAACUGAAGAAAGAGGUGAAAGCUGCGCUAUCAGAAAAUGCCACGCUGAGCUGCGAGGUGGCCCAGGAGAAGACUGAUGUGAAAUGGUACAAGGAGGGGAAGCUGAUCACCUCCAGCAAGAAGUUCAAGGUGGAGUCAGAGGGCAAACUGCGUCGCUUGGUGGUGGGUCAGCUGGAGAAGAAAGAUGCUGGGGAGUACAGCUGUGAGGCUGCUGGUCAGAAACUGACCUUCAAGAUCACUGUCAUAGAAGCAGAAGAUGCAUUUGUCAACAAGGAGAAGGUACAAAAAGAGGUGAAAGCUGCAUUAUCAGAAAAUGCCACGCUGAGCUGUGAGGUGGCUCAGGAGAAGACUGAUGUGAAAUGGUACAAGGAGGGGAAGCUGAUCACAUCCACCAAGAAGUUCAAGGUGGAGUCGGAAGGCAAAUCGCGUCGCCUGGUGGUGGGUCAGCUGGAGAAGAAAGAUGCUGGGGAGUACAGCUGUGAGGCUGCUGGCCAGAAACUGACCUUCAAGAUCGAUGUCACAGAAGCAGAAGAUGCGUUUAUCAACAAAGACAAACUGAAGAAAGAGGUGAAAGCUGCGCUAUCAGAAAAUGCCACGCUGAGCUGCGAGGUGGCCCAGGAGAAGACUGAUGUGAAAUGGUACAAGGAGGGGAAGCUGAUCACCUCUAGCAAGAAGUUCAAGGUGGAGUCAGAGGGCAAACUGCGUCGCUUGGUGGUGGGUCAGCUGGAGAAGAAAGAUGCUGGGGAGUACAGCUGUGAGGCUGCUGGCCAGAAAUUGACCUUCAAGAUCGAUGUCACAGAGCCAGAAGUUGUAUUUACAAACAAGGAGAAGGUGCAGAAAGAGGUGAAAGCUGCGCUAUCAGAAAACGCCACGCUGAGCUGUGAGGUGGCUCAGGAGAAGACUGAUGUGAAAUGGUACAAGGAGGGGAAGCUGAUCACCUCCAGCAAGAAGUUCAAGGUGGAUUCAGAGGGCAAAUUGCGUCGCUUGAUGGUGGGUCAGCUGGAGAAGAAAGAUGCUGGGGAGUACAGCUGUGAGGCUGCUGGCCAGAAACUGACCUUCAAGAUCAGUGUCACAGAAGCAGAAGAUGCGUUUAUCAACAAAGACAAACUGAAGAAAGAGGUGAAAGCUGCGCUAUCAGAAAAUGCCACGCUGAGCUGCGAGGUGGCCCAGGAGAAGACUGAUGUGAAAUGGUACAAGGAGGGGAAGCUGAUCACCUCUAGCAAGAAGUUCAAGGUGGAGUCAGAGGGCAAACUGCGUCGCUUGGUGGUGGGUCAGCUGGAGAAGAAAGAUGCUGGGGAGUACAGCUGUGAGGCUGCUGGCCAGAAAUUGACCUUCAAGAUCGAUGUCACAGAGCCAGAAGUUGUAUUUACAAACAAGGAGAAGGUGCAGAAAGAGGUGAAAGCUGCGCUAUCAGAAAACGCCACGCUGAGCUGUGAGGUGGCUCAGGAGAAGACUGAUGUGAAAUGGUACAAGGAGGGGAAGCUGAUCACCUCCAGCAAGAAGUUCAAGGUGGAUUCAGAGGGCAAAUUGCGUCGCUUGAUGGUGGGUCAGCUGGAGAAGAAAGAUGCUGGGGAGUACAGCUGUGAGGCUGCUGGCCAGAAACUGACCUUCAAGAUCAGUGUCACAGAAGCAGAAGAUGCGUUUAUCAACAAAGACAAACUGAAGAAAGAGGUGAAAGCUGCGCUAUCAGAAAAUGCCACGCUGAGCUGCGAGGUGGCCCAGGAGAAGACUGAUGUGAAAUGGUACAAGGAGGGGAAGCUGAUCACCUCUAGCAAGAAGUUCAAGGUGGAGUCAGAGGGCAAACUGCGUCGCUUGGUGGUGGGUCAGCUGGAGAAGAAAGAUGCUGGGGAGUACACUUGUGAGGCUGCUGGCCAGAAACUGACCUUCAAGAUCGAUGUCACCGAGCCAGAAGUUGUAUUUACAAACAAGGAGAAGGUGCAGAAAGAGGUGAAAGCUGCGCUAUCAGAAAACGCUAUGCUGAGCUGUGAGGUGGCUCAGGAGAAGACUGAUGUGAAGUGGUACAAGGAGGGGAAGCUGAUCACGUCCAGCAAGAAGUUCAAGGUGGAGUCAGAGGGCAAAUUGCGUCGCUUGGUGGUGGGUCAGCUGGAGAAGAAAGAUGCUGGGGAGUACAGCUGUGAGGCUGCUGGCCAGAAACUGACCUUCAAGAUCAGUGUCACAGAGCCCAAACCUGCAUUUAUAAACCAGGAACAAGUCCAGAAGGAGGUUAAUGCUGUCCUGACAGAAAGUGCCACCCUCAGCUGUGAGGUAGCACAGGAUGCAACUGAAGUGAAAUGGUUCAAGGAUGGAAAACUGCUCAUAACCUCCAGGAAAUUCAAAAUAGAAUCUGUCGGUAAAACCCGGCGCCUUGUCAUAGGGCAGCUGGAGAAGAAAGAUGCUGGAGAAUACAUCUGUGAGGCUGCAGGCCAGCGGCUGACUUUCAAGGUGGAACCAACUGAACCAGAGGCUAAAUUUGAAAAUAAAGUUGUCCAGAAAGAGCCUCUCAUUGUUCAAGAACAUGAAAAUAUCACACUGACUACUUCAAUUACUCCUGAAACUGCUGCAGUAAGGUGGUUCAAGGAUGGAACAGAAAUCAAGGCAAACAAGAAAUAUGAGAUCAAGAGUGAGGGUGCAUCCAGGACCCUGACAGUGAACCUGGCUGAGAGCACAGACACUGCCAUAUACACAUGUCAGGCAAAGAGUGACAAGCAAGAAUUCAAAGUACAGGUGAAAGAAAUCCCAGUGAAGUUUGUCAAAAAGCUUGAAGCUGUUAAUGCAGAGAUUGGAGGCAGUGUCACUUUGACCUGUGAUGUGAGCCAUGCCAAAGGGAAGGUGGUGUGGCGAAGGAACAAAGCAGAGAUCAAGCCCAGCAAGCGUUUCCAUAUUCAUGAGGAGGGGAUCAAGCGAACCCUGACAAUAACAGGGAUCCGGGCUGAGGAUGAGGGAGAAUACUCCUGCGAGUCCAGAAGUGACAAGAGCACCAUUACCAUCACCCCCAAAGCUCCCAGAGUGGUGAAAUUUGUUACCAGUCUCAUCAGUGUGGUUUCUGAGGAAGGAAAAGAAGCUGUGUUCAAGUGCACUGUCUCUCCCAGUGAUGCCGUGGUCACUUGGCUCAGGAAUGGUGUCAAGAUUGAAGCCAGCAAGAAGUACGUGAUUUCACACAAGGACACUAACCACAGCCUCACCAUCACUGAUCUGACACUGGAAGAUGCAGCUGAAAUCUCUGCUAAUGCUGAGGGUGUAGAAAGCACAGCCAAUCUCAGAGUCCGAGAGGCCCCAAUCUCAUUCAAGAAGAAACUGGAGCCCAAAACAGUUGAAGAGAAAGAUACAGUGACCUUGGAGGUAGAGCUGACCAAGCCUGCAGAGGUGAAGUGGAUGAGGAACAACAUUGUCUUGAAGCCCAGUGAAAAAAUAGAGAUCAAAGCUGAGGGAACAAAACAUAUCCUGGUAGUUAAGGACAUCUCCUUUGCAGACCGGGGCUUCUACUGUUGUGAAAGUCCUGAUGACAAGACCCAAGCCAAGAUCAAUGUGGAAAUGAGGCAGAUCAAGCUGGUGAAAGGUCUUCAGCACUUGGAAGUCUCUGAGAAAGGGACUGUCACCUUUGAAGUGGAGGUGUCACAUGAGGAUGUGGAAGGGACCUGGCAGAAGGAUGGCGUUCGGCUGAACCCUGCAUCAAAUAUCAAUAUUGGUGUUCUGGGGAAGAAACAUUCACUGACUCUUUCUUCGGUGACUCUUGAAGAUGCAGGACUCAUCUCCUUCAAAGCAGAAGGCAUUUUUUCAUCAGGGAGGCUCACUGUGACAGAAUUGCCUGCGAGAAUCAGCAAGCCUUUGGUAGACAUCAAUGUAACUCAGAAGGACAAAGUCACAUUUGAGUGUGAGCUGUCCAAGCCCAGCGGGGUUGUCAAGUGGUUCAAGGAUGGGAAGGAGCUCCAGCAAAGUAAAAAAGUGGGGAUUAUUUCCCAGGGAACUAAGAGAAGCCUUAUUAUUCACAAGUGUGAAUAUGAAGAUCAGGGAACCUAUAUAUGUGAAGUAGCUGAAGAGAAGACAUCAGCUACCCUAAAGGUUCAUGCCCGAGAUAUCAGGAUUCUUAAACCACUGGAAGAUGUGGAAGUGAAUGAAUUUGAGAGUGCAUCUUUCGUCUGCGAGAUUUCACAUGAUGAGGUCCAAACCCAGUGGUACAAAAAUGACAACAAGCUGAAGGCUGCUGACAAUAUUAAAAUGCGUCAAGAUGGAAAGACCUAUUCACUGACUUACACGUGCGUCCAAGUCAAAGAUGCAGCAGAAAUCAAAUUUGUAGCAGAAAAGGCAGAAUCUCGUGCUCAGCUUACAGUAAAAGAGCUGCCUGUAAAAAUUGUGAAGCCUUUGCGAGAUAAGAUUGUUCUUGAGAAGCAUCGGGGAUUCCUGGAGUGCCAGGUGUCUCGCGCCAAUGCCAAAGUUCGAUGGUAUAAAAAGGACGUUGAAAUUCACCCUAGCGACAAAUAUGAAAUCGUGAGUGAUGAUGUCUAUCGGAAACUCAUCAUCAACAAUGCAGAUUAUGAAGAUGAGGACGUAUACACUUGUGAUGCCUUUGAUGACAAAAGCAGUGCUAAUUUCUUUGUUGAAGAGCAAGCCAUUAAUAUUGUAAGGGAGCUGUGUGAUGAAGAUGUGACUGAGCCCGAAGAAGCCAAUUUUGAAUGUGAGAUAUCCAUUCCAUCUGUGAAGCCCCCCAAAUGGUAUUUACAUGGAAAAGUCUUACAGGCAGGCAGAAACAUCAUCAUGUAUCAAGGAGGUACCAUCCACAAGCUGACAAUACUGAAAACAAGUACCGAUAUGACAGGCGUCAUUCAGUUCUCCAUUGGCAAAUCAAAAUCCACAGCAAACCUGCUUGUCAGAGAUUACCACAUCCAGAUCACCAGGAAGAUGGAGGACAAGACAGCUCUGGAGCGCCAUUCAGUCAUCCUGUCUUGCGACUUCAGGCCUUCUCCAAAGGUUGUGAAAUGGUUCAAGGGCCAUGAGCUCAUCGAGCCCUCUGAGAAGUACAAAAUCAAGCGGGAAGAGUAUUCAGCAGAGCUCAAGAUUUUGAAGGUGAAGCCUGAAGAUGCUGGUGUCUACAAGUGCAGGGCUGGAAGCGCAGAGACUGAAGCCACGCUCACUGUUGAAGCCCGCAAUGUACAAGUAUGCAAACACCUGCAGGACGUGGAAAUUGAAGAAGAUAGCUCUGCUGUCUUCUCCUGUGAGCUUUCCCAUGAUGACGAGGAUGUGGAAUGGUUCCUCAAUGACACCCUUCUCUACACCAACAAUUUCAAUGACAUCAGGAACAUUGGCAAUUGCUACAUGCUGACAAUGAAGCACGUCAAGCCUGAGGAUGCUGGCACAGUGACAAUGAAGUCAGACAAAGUGACAGAGAGUGUGCGUCUGAAGGUGAUAGAGAAGCCUGCUGUCUUCAUGAAGUCAUUGGACGAUGUUUUUGGUGAGGAGCGAGGUAUGAUUAAACUGGAAUGCGAAGUCUCUAAAGAGAAGGUCAAACCUGUUUGGAAAAAGGAUGGUGUGAAGCUCACGUCUGAUAACAAGUAUGAGCAGAUGCAGUCUGGGAAGACCCUGAGCCUCCUUAUCCAUGACCUUGAAAAGACAGAUGCAGGUUUAUACACCUGUGAUAUUGGCACUGAUGUUGCCAAGUCAAAGGUCAGCGUUCAGGAACUGAACAUUGGCAUCACCAAACGGCUAAAGAACACUGAAAUCCAGGAGGGAGAAGAUUGCACUUUUGAAUGUGUUCUGUCCCAUGAAAGCAUUGAUGACUUCAACUGGACACUGAAUGGGAAAAAAGUGGAAAGUGGAGGGCGAUUUAAAGCCUCUAACAUGGGUCGAAAAUACACACUAAAUAUCAAAAGUGUGACGCUUGAUGAUGCUGGAGAAGUCAUUUUUACUGCCCGUGGUCUAACCUCCAAGGCUUCUCUGGUUGUGAAAGAAAAACCCACUGAGGUUACAAAGCAGCUGGAGGAUAAAACAGCAGCAGCAGGGCAGGACAUCAGCCUGAGUUGUGAAUUGUCAAAACCUGAUGUGAACAUCAGGUGGUACAAGGAUGGAAAAGCAAUCCGAAAAAGUCAGAAAUAUAACUUGCACCAAGAGGGUACACGGGCCAUUUUGAUCAUCCAUGACUCCACAGUCAAGGACAGUGGGGAGUACACUUGUGAGACAGAGGUCUCUAAAACAAAAGCAAGGAUCACAGUGCAAGAAAAACCCAAUUAUUUUGUCAAAGAGCUUUCAGAUCUGAAAGCUGAUGAAAGUGGAACUGCAGUCUUUAUGUGUCAGAGUGAGAAAGCUGCAUCCUCUGUGGUCUGGCGGAAAGGCAUGGCUGAACUCAGGGCUGGCAGGAAAUACGAGAUCAUACAGGACGGACAAGUCCUGCAGCUGACCAUAAAAAACUUGGAGAAAAGUGACAGUGACACUUACACCUGCGACAUUGGUGAUGCCCAGUCCAGGGCCAAGCUAGUCGUGCAAGGCCAGAAAGUGCUAAUAACAGAAGACCUGGAAGAUGUCACUGUGUUAGAAGGAGAAUCUGCCAUGUUCAAAUGCAGAAUCUCUCCUGUAGACUAUAGCAAAGUGCAGUGGUUUUUGGAUAAAACCCCUCUCCAUACCAAUGAACUUAAUGACAUCCAGUCUCAGCCUGGUGGAUAUCACUUGCUAACAUUGAAAAAACUCUCACUGAAGGACUCGGGGGUCAUUACAUUUGAAGCUGGUGAUAAGAAAACUUCUGCCAGUUUGGUUGUUAAAGAAACACCAGUUCUUUUCAAGCAAGAGCUCCAAAAUGAAGAAGCUAAAGAAGGAAAACAAGUCAAGCUGACCUGUGAGCUCAGCAAACCUGAUACCCCAGUGAAAUGGAUGAAAGGAGACACCGUUAUCUAUGCUAGUGAGAAGUAUGAAUUUAAGCAGCAUGGUACUGUGGCGGAGCUCAUUAUUCGAGAUGUCAAAUCGAUAGAUUCUGGAGAAUAUACCUGCAGCACUGGGAAACAGAAGACCACUGCUCAGGUGAAAGUAAAUGCUGUGCCUGUCCUUUUCAAACAAGCCUUGGAAAACACAGAAAUGGAAGCAGGGAAAUCUGUCUCCUUAAGCUGUGAACUCACAAAAGCUGAUGCCACUGUGGUGUGGAAGAAGGGAGAAGCCACACUCCAGGCAAGUGCCAAAUAUGAAAUGAAGCAGAAGGGGACAGUGGCAGAGCUGGUGAUUCAUAAUGCAGAACCAGAAGAUGCGGGAAGAUACACCUGUGACACGGGAGACCAGCAGACGACAGCCCAAGUCACAGUCCAUGCUGUCUCUGUGCUUGUUAAAGAAGAGCUGAAGAACGUAGAAGCUGUGGAAGGUGGGACAGCCACCCUGCAAUGCCAGCUGAGCAGAGAGACCCCUGUGGAGUGGAGGAAGGGGCACACCCUUCUCCGGCCAAGUAACAAGUACAAGAUGAGGCAGGAGGGCACGGUGGCUGAGCUGCUGAUCCACAAUCUGGACCUAAGGGAUGCUGGAGACUAUACAUGUGUAGUGGGGAACCAAAAAACCACAGCAGCUUUGUCAGUGAAUGCCCUGCCAGUCCGUUUCAAGAAAGAGCUGAAGAAUGAGGAAGCCACUGAGAGCGGGACGGCCACACUGCAGUGCGAGCUGAGCCAGGCAGCGGGCUCGGUAGAGUGGAGGAAAGACGGGAAGGUGCUGAUGCCAGAUAGCAAAUACAAAAUGAGACGGGAAGGGCGUUUCGUUGAGCUGGUUAUCCAAGACCUAGACUUGACAGAUGCUGGGAGCUAUACCUGCGUGUGUGGAGACCAGAAGACAACAGCUGCUUUGAGAGUAAAUGCCUUGCCUAUCCUCUUCCAAGAAGAAAUAUUGAACAAGGAAGCUACAGAGGGGGAGACAGUCACUUUGCACUGUAAACUGAGCAAAUCAGCCGUGGUUGAGUGGAGAAAGGGGAAUAUGGUCCUCAAACCAAGUGAAAAAUACAAAAUAGAGCAGGAUGGUCCCUUUGUGGAGCUGAUGAUCCGGGAUUUGGAUUUGGCAGAUGCUGGUGAUUACAGCUGUGUGUGCGGAGAUCAACAGACUACAGCUGCUUUGGCAGUUAAUGUCCUGCCUGCUCUUUUCACCAAAGAACUGACUGAUGAAGAAGCCACAGAAGGUAAAACUGCCACUCUGCACUGUGAGCUGAACAAGGCUGCUGCUAAUGUGGAGUGGAGGAAGGGACUCAAGACCCUCAAAUCAAGUGACAAAUACAAAAUGAAACGUGAAGGUGGUGUUGCUGAGCUUAUAAUUCAAAAUCUAGAUGCAACGGAUGCUGGAAAUUAUUCCUGUGUGUGCGGAGACCAGCAGACAAUGGCAGUUUUAACAGUAUAUGCUUUGCCUGCAUUUUUCAAAGAAGGAUUGAAGAACAGAGAAGCCACAGAUGGUGCAACAGCCACUCUGCACUGUGAGCUGAGCAAGGUCGGUGUUCCAGUGGAGUGGAAAAAAGGGGACAAAACACUCAAACCAAGUGAUAAGUAUAGGAUGAGACAAGAAGAUACUGCUGCAGAGCUGUUGAUCCGAGAUCUGGAGGUAGAAGAUACAGGAGAAUAUACCUGUGUGUGCGGAGAUCAGAAGACCUCAGCUGUCUUGACAGUCCAUGCUUUGCCUGCACUGUUCAAAAAAGAACUUGUCAAUAUAGAAGCCACAGAAAACAAGACAGCUGUUCUACAGUGUGAGCUAACUAAAUCCACUCCAGUGGAGUGGAGGAAAGGGCUAAAGGUCCUCAAGCCUAGUGAGAAGUACAAAAUGAGACUGAAGGAUACCAUUGCUGAGCUGACAAUCCAUAGCCUGGAGGAACAAGAUGCGGGAGAUUACACAUGUGUGUGCGGAGACAAGAUGACUACUGCCUCCCUGACAGUGCAUGCCCUUCCUCCACAUUUUAAAAAAGAGUUGAAGAACAUGGAAGCCACAGAAAAUGGCACAGCCACUUUCUGCUGUGAACUGAGCAAGCCCGUAGCUGCUGUGGAAUGGAGGAAAGGAGGCAGAGCCCUGGAGACGAAUGAGAAGUUCACCAUGAAAUGCGAGGGCACAGUUGCUGAGCUGGUGAUCUGUGAUUUAGAUCUGACAGAUGCUGGAGAUUACACAUGCUGUUAUGGAGAUCAGAAAACCACCGCCAUGCUAAAAGUGAAUGCCUUGCCUGCACACUUCAAGACAGAGAUGAAAGAUGAAGAAGCCACAGAAGGUGGAACAGCCACUCUACAAUGUGAGCUAUCUAGGACUGCCUCUGUGGAGUGGAAAAAGAAACACAAAGUGCUCAAAUCUAGUGAAAAAUAUACUAUGAGACAGGAAGGUACUACAGCACAGCUGCUGAUCCAUACUUUAGAAGUCAAGGAUGCUGGGGAGUAUACUUGUGUGUGUGGAGAUGAGAAGACUACUGCAGCACUGACAGUGCAUGCCCUUCCUGCUCUCUUCAAAGAAGAGUUAAGAAAUGAGGAAGCCAUGGAGGGUAAAAUAGUCACUUUGCGCUGUGAGCUGACCAAGACUGCUUCAGUGGAGUGGAAAAAGGGGGACACAGUACUCAAACCUAGCGAGAAAUACAAAAUGAGGCAGAAGGAUGUCACUGCAGAACUGGUGAUCCAUAAUCUAAAUGAGAGUGAUGCUGGUGAUUAUACCUGCGUGUGUGGAGACGUGCAGUCCACAGCUUCCUUAGCAGUACAUGCGUUGCCUGCACGCAUCAAGGAGAGCCUGAAGGAUGAGGAGGUAACAGAAGGUCAAGCAGCCACUCUGCGCUGCAAGCUGACCAAGGUUGCUCAAGUGGAAUGGAGAAAGGGAAAUAGUUUGCUCAAAGUCAGCGACAAAUACAAAAUGAGGCAGGAGGGCACAGUCAUGAAGCUGCUUAUCCAUGAUGUAGAAAUGAAAGAUGCUGGAGAAUACACUUGUGUGUGUGGAGAACAGGAGACUACAGCUGCCUUGAUAGUGCAUGCCCUGCCUGCACUUUUCAAAGAGGAACUGAAGGACCUGCGAGCCAUGGAAAGGCAAACAGUCACUCUGAGCUGUGAGCUGACCAAGGCUGCAGAUGUCCAAUGGAAGAAAGGAAACACAAUAAUCAGGGCAAGUGAAAAAUAUAUCAUGCGGCAGGAUAAUGUCCUUGCUGAGUUGGAAAUUUGUGAUCUGGAGCUGCAGGAUGCAGGAGAUUACACCUGUGUGUGUGGAGACCAACACACCAUGGCUUCUCUGACAGUGAAUGCCCUGCCAGUGCUUUUCAAGGAAGAGCUGAAGAAUGAAGAAGUCCAAGAAGGAACAUCAGUCUCCCUGCAUUGUGAAUUAACCAAAGCAGCUCCAGUGCAGUGGAAAAUAGGGUCCAGAGUGCUCAAAGCAAGUGACAAAUUUCAAAUGAGACAAUCUGGCACCACCGCAGAGCUGGUCAUUCACGAUCUAGAAGUAGAAGAUGCUGGAGAUUAUACCUGUGUGUGUGGUGACCAGAAGACAACAGCAGCCUUAACAGUUCAUGCUCUGCCACCCCUCUUUAAGGAAGAGCUAAAGGACAAGGAAGCAGAAGAAGGUGGAAAAGUUGCCCUGCGUUGUGAGCUCACCAAGGCUGCUCCAGUGGAGUGGCGGAAGGACCAGAGGGUUCUCAAAGCAAGUGAGAAAUGCAAAAUGAGGCAGGAAGGGACAAAGGCAGAGCUGGUGAUUCAUGAAUUAGCUGAGGAGGAUGCAGGAGACUACACCUGUGUGUGUGGAGAGCACCAGACUACGGCUGUCUUAACAGUACAGGCUGUGCCUCCCUUUUUCCAAGAAGAAAUGACCAGCAAGGAAGCGGUAGAAGGUGGAAUGGCCACUUUGCAGUGUGAGGUCAGCAAGACAUCUGCCCGUGUUCAGUGGAAGAAGGGCCAUUGCGUCCUCACUUCGGACACCAAGUACAGCAUGAGACAGGAAGGCUGUGUUGUGGAGCUGGUAGUUCACAAUUUAGACUUGAAUGAUACUGGAGAUUAUACCUGUGUGUGUGGAGACAAGAGCACCACAGCUGCCUUAACAGUGCAUGCUCUGCCUCCAGAAUUCAAGAAAGAACUGAAGGACUUAGAAGCUGUAGAAAGUGGGACAGCUACUCUGCUCUGUGAGCUGACUAAGCCUGCUGUGGUGGAGUGGAAGAAAGGGCAGGAGGUGCUCAAAGCAAGCAGGAAAUAUAAAAUGAGUCAAGAUGGUGCUGUUGCAAAGCUGAUUAUCCAUGAGCUGGAUGUGGAGGACACUGGAGUUUACACUUGUGUGUGUGGAGAUCAGCAGACAACUGCCACUCUGACAGUCAAUGCCCUACCAGCACUUUUUAAACAAGAGCUUCAGAAUACUGAGGCAGAAGAAGGUGGUACAGCAUCACUGAGGUGUGAGCUUACCAAACCCAACACUCCAGUAGAGUGGAGGAAAGGAGAUAUUACUCUCUACCCUGGUUUGAAAUAUGAGAUGAAGCAGCAGGGCUCUGCUGCUGAAUUGGUCAUUCAUGACUUAGAACUGGAUGAUUCAGGAAAGUACACCUGCAACUCUGGACAUCAGCAGACAACAGCCGUGGUAACCGUACAUGAACUGCCUGUCACAUUUAAGCAACCCCUACAAAAUAAAGAAUCAGAGGAAGGAAGCACAGCUACGUUCUGCUGUGAGCUGUCAAAACCCAGUGCUGCAGUGGAAUGGAGGAAAGGAGGAGUGGGGCUGCAGCCCAGCCAGAAAUAUGAAAUGAGGCAGAGGGAAUGUCUGGUAGAGCUCUUAAUACAUAAUCUCAAAUUAGAAGAUACAGGAGAAUACAGCUGUGAUACUGGGGAUCAGGAAACCAAGGCAUCUUUAAAUGUGAAAGCUCUGCCAGUUCUUUUCAAAAAGAAGCUGAAAGACAAGGAGGCAGAAGAAGGAGCUGUGGUGAAAUUCCAGUGUGAGCUGACAAAGGAUAAUGCAACAGUGGAGUGGAGGAAAGGCACCAUGGAGCUCUUCCCAUGUGCCAAAUAUGACAUUAAAUUAAGUGGUCGCAAAGCUGAACUUGUGAUUCAUAAUGUAGAACCAGAAGAUGCCUCUGAUUACACAUGUGAUACUGGAGACCAGCAGAGCUCAGCGGUCCUCAGAGUGAAUGCCAUCAAACCCCGUCUGAAGCAGCAGCUGAAGAACGAAGAAGUGGAAGUGGGAGGAACGGCCAGGCUGCGCUGUGAGAUUUCUAUUGGCAAAGCAGAAGUGGAGUGGAGGAAAGAUGGAGUCCUCCUUCACUCAAGCUCCAAGUAUGAAAUGUGGCAGGACGGCACCCUCCGUGAGCUGCGUGUUCACCGCCUGGAGCCUGGUGAUGCUGGAGAGUAUUCUUGCAAGGCUGGAGAUGAGACAAGCUCUGCAAAACUGACUGUGAAAGAGCCUGACGUAACCAUCGUGAGUGGCCUAAAGGACAUGGUGGUGUUCGAGGGGGAUGAUGUAACAUUUCGGUGUCAAGUUUCUCAUGAGAACGCAAGGGAUGUUGAAUGGAAGCUACAGGAUGUUGCUCUGCAAGAUAAUGAAAUGAAUGAGAUCUCAGUGGAAAAAGGAAAGAUCCACACUCUAACAUUAAGGAAGGUGACUGAGCAGGACAUUGGCACUGUCACUUUCCGAGUGGGACCCCACAUGUCAACAGCAGAGCUCAUGGUAAAAGUGCCACCUCCAGUCUUUAAGGAGAAAUUACAGAGCUUAGAACUGCAGGAAGAAGAAACAGCCAUCCUCUGUUGUGAGGUCUCCCAGGCUAACGCUGGUGUGGUGUGGAAGAAGGGCACUCAGGUGAUUUCACCGAGCUCCAAGUAUGAAAUCAGACAAGAAGGAACAAUCCAUACUUUAAAGAUUUAUCACUUAAACCCAGAAGACUCUGGCAAAUAUACCUGUGAUAAUGGAAAUGAACAAACAACAGCCACUUUAACUGUUAAAGCUUUGCCAGUAACCUUCACACAACCACUCCAGAACCAGCAAGCUGAAGCAGGUGGCACCAUCACUUUGAGCUGUGAAAUCUCAAAAUCAAAUAUCACUGUGCAGUGGAAGAAGGCCGGGACAGUGCUGCGACCAAGCAACAAAUACAAGAUGCAUCAAGCUGGAUCUAUGGCUGAGCUGACAAUUCACAACCUGAGUGAAGCUGAUUCUGGGGAAUACAUGUGUGACACAGGGGACCAGCAAACUACUGCAUCUGUACUUGUGAAAGAACCAGCAGCCACCAUAGUGGAGAUGCUGAAGGAUGUCACUUCGCGUGAAGGAGAAGACGCAGUGUUUGAAUGCAGGCUGUCCCGGGAAACAACUCAAGAGGCCCAGUGGUUCCUGGGAGAUGUUCCCCUGCAGUCCAAUGAAAUGAAUGAGAUCAGAGUCCAAGGAACACGUCACACUUUGAUCCUGAGGAAGGUGACACUAGAAGACUGUGGGCCCAUCAGUUUCAAAGUGGGGCAGCAUACCUCAACAGCACAGCUAACAGUCCAAGUUGCUGCAGUCACGUUUGUGAAGGCACUCCACAGCUUGGAGCUACAGGAGGGUGGCACAGCUCAGUUGUCCUGUGAAGUGUCCAAGCCUGAUGUCCCAGUGGAGUGGAAGAAAGGCACAUCAGUGAUCCGCUCCAGCCAGAAGUGCAGCAUCAAGCAGGAGGGGAAUGUGCACACACUAGUCAUUCAUGAUUUGAACCAUGCAGACUCAGGGGAGUAUAGCUGCCACACAGCUGAUGGGAAGACUACUGCCAGGCUGGAGGUUAAAGCCCUGCCUGUGCUUUUCAAACGCUGGCUGAAAAACGAGGAGGUGGAAGAAGGUGGUACAGUCAUGCUACACUGUGAGCUGACAAAACCCAAUGCACCCGUGGAGUGGAGGAAAGGAGAUAGGGUGCUGCAGUCAAGUGACAAGUAUGAGAUCCGGCAAGAGGGGACACGUGUUGAGCUCAUCAUCUAUGAUGCUGAGGCUCAGGAUGCUGGCGAUUAUACAUGCGACUCAGGGGAUCAGCAGACCACUGCAUCAUUGCAAGUCAAAGUACUACCUGUGCUGUUUAACGAAGAGCUGAAAAACGUAGAGUCUGAAGAAGGGGGAACAGCUGUCUUACGCUGUGAGAUCUCCAAGCCUGAUGCCCCUGUUGAGUGGAGAAAAGGAGGGGUGGUCAUUCAGCCCAGUGACAAGUAUGAGAUGAAGCUGAAAGGCAGAAUUGCUGAGCUGAUCAUCCAUGGUGUAGAGCCUGAUGACUGUGGGGAUUAUACCUGUAGCACUGGAUACGAGAUCACUACAGCUUCUGUGUAUGUGCAAGAAGAAGCAGCAGUCAUAGUUUCUGGUUUAAAGAACACAGACGUCUUUGUGGGUGAGUCAGCCACGUUCACCUGUGAGCUCUCGCACCCGGGCGUGAAGAACGUGCAGUGGUGGCUCGAUGGAUCUCCCCUUCACAACAACUUUGUGACUGAAAUCUCUGAGCAGGACGGGAUAAUCCACACUUUAACCCUAAAUGAUGUGGCGUGCCAUGACUCCGGCACUGUCACCUUCAGAGCUGGGUCCCUUAUAUCUACAGCUAAAUUAUUAGUCAAAGAUCCAACCAUUGAAGUGGUCAGUCCCAUGCAGGAUAUAACUGUUGAUGAAGAUGGCACAGCAGAGUUCAUAUGCCAAUAUUCUAGGCCAGUACACGCCAUAUGGAAGAAAAAUGAUCAGGAAAUACAUGCAGAUGGGCAGCGAGUGAUUAUCGAUCAGGACUGGAAUGUAAGCAUGCUAAAAAUUAAACCUACGGUACCAGAAGACACUGGCAUCUAUUCAUGUGAAGCUGAAGGCAUUAAAGUGAUGGCUACACUUGAUGUUCAAGCUAAGAACAGCAUUGUCCAGGGCUUGGAGAAUGUGGAAACUGUGGAAGGAGGGGAAGCCCUGUUUGAAUGCUAUCUUUCCAAGCCUGAGUGCUACAAUUACAACUGGUUGAUUGAUGAUGAACCUGCCAAAACUACAGAAAACACUGAAAUGGUUUACUUUGAAAAUGGGCUCAGGCAUCUUCUGCUGCUGAAGAACCUAACUCCCCGGGACAGUUGCAGGGUGACUUUUAUGUGCAGCGACGCAGUGACCUCAGCCUUCCUGACAGUGAAAGAAUGGCGCCUACAGAUCUUGCAGCCUCUCACAGAUGUAGAAGUCCCUCUGGGGGAGAAAGCUACAUUUAGUUGCGUUCUAAGUGAAGCUGUGCCAGUUACUGAAGUUGCCUGGUACAGUAAUGAUGUAGAGAUCCAGUCAGAUGAGGACUGGGAGGUACAAGCAGAUGGAAACAAAUACAAACUUGUUCUGAAAAAUGCCCAACCGCAUCAUUCUGGAGAGGUGACUUUUGCUUCGAGGGAAGCAAUUGCAUCAGCCAAAUUAUCUGUGAUAGCCCACCCCGAUCCACCUGAAGAACCAGAAGUUUUAAGUAAGAACAGCCACUCUGUAACUCUGUCUUGGUACAAGCCGUUGAGCGAUGGUGGUUGUGACAUCCUAGGCUACAAUGUGGAGAAGAAAAUCCCAGGUAUUGGCUGGCAGUCAUGCAGCAAGGGCAUUAUUCAGAACACGGAGUUUAUGGUGGACAAUCUCACCCCAGGUGAACCCUACAGAUUCCGCGUUUCAGCUAUAAACAAAGUUGGGGCCAGUGAGCCGGUGCACUUCCCUCAGAUGGUGCAGCUAGAGCCUCCAGUUACAGUCACCCAUCCUUUAGUGGGAGGAUCAGUCUCAGAAGGAGAGGCGGCUCGCUUGGAGUGCAAAUUAUCAAGUGAAACUGAAAUGAAAGUUACAUGGUUCAAAGGAAAAGAACAAAUACGAGCUGGGGGGAGAUAUGAGAUCCUCUCUGAUGGGAAAAAGCAGAUACUCAUUAUUCAUGCAUUUAAACCUGAAGACCAGGACACAUAUACCUGCAUGGUUUCUCCAGAAGUCAAAUCUGUUGCCACCUUGUGUCUUGAUGUUCCCACAGCAUCAAUGCUUAAAGAGAUUGCCAAGGAAGCACCCCCUGCAAAUCAACCAGAAGAGCUGGUGGAUGGUCAUGUCCAGCCCAGCUUGCCCCCUGAGGCUGCUCAGGAGGGAGAUCUUCACCUUCUGUGGGAAGCCCUGGCUAAGAAACGACGGAUGAGCCGGGAACCCACCUUGGAUUCCAUCAGCGAGGUGCCUGAAGAGGAUGAGAAGCUUCAGAAGUUGAGGAAGGAGGAGGCAGAGAUGUCUCACUAUUACUCAGAGGAGUACUCCACAUGUGAUGAGCUGGCUAGGACAGGAGAAGCAGAUUUCUCUUUCACAAGCUCAGAUGAUGAAUCUAGAGCUGGAACUCCUUCACUAGUAAACUACCUCAAGAAGGCAGGGAAGACAAGUAUUAGUGUUACUAGCAAGGUUCAGUCCAUCUCCACAGGCAAAUUAUGGAAGCAGUGGGAGGAAUCCAGCGUGGAGGCUGUUCUGCCUGCCCCAGCUGCUAAGCCAUCUGAACCAGAAAUGCCAGAUUUAGAUGACCCUUCCAUGAACAAGGCCGCUGUGAAGAUCCAAGCUGCUUUCAAAGGCUACAAAGUCAGGAAAGAGAUCAAACAACAAGAGUGCCCAGUGUUUACUGAGACCUUCAAAGAUUUCUCUGGUGAGCCUGGAAGUACUCUUCAUCUUGAGUGUGUGGCCCACAGCAAAACUGACAUGAAAGUCCGUUGGCUGAAAGAUGGGGAAGAGCUUUCAGAUGGUCGCUACUAUCACAUAGACAAUUACACUGAUGGGACCUGCUCUUUGAUUAUCACUGGCCUGGACAGGAAAGAUGCAGGUAAAUACACCUGUGAAGCAUCCAAUAAAUUUGGCAGGGUUUCACACAGUGCUAAGGUGGUUAUUGGCACUCAAGAACCUCACUUUCUUCAUAAGGAGGAGCAGGCUAAACACAGCACUGACAGUGAGACAGAGAGCUCCUCCGGCAGUGAGUUGGAUGAUGCUUUCCGUAAAGCAGCAAGGAGACUUAAUAGACUCUUCAGGGCCAAGAUCUCAACUGAGAUAUCUGAUGUGGAGGAAGAGCUCUUUGUCAGUGCAGAUGAAGGGGACAUAGAUGUGAUUGACCAUCAGACGUAUCGUGAGGAUGACCAGUACAUCUACAUUAAGUUUGAAAUCUUGUCUGAGGCAAAAACUGCUGCCACUCGAUUCAGAGAGAUGUUUGGUGCUCUGGGAAUUCCUGUGGAGAUUGACAUUUUGGAACAAAGCCCUAAAAAAGUUGAAUUACGCAUCGGGAAAGCAACACCACCUACCCAUGGGAAGUUUGCACCACCAUUAGCCAGACCUCCACCACCUUUGCUGACUUCUGAUACAGCUCCCAUGUUUCUGACUGAGCUCCAAAACCAAGAGGUACAAGAUGGAUAUCCAGUCAGCUUUGACUGCAUUGUCGUUGGCAAACCGCUUCCCACAGUUCGCUGGUUCAAGGAUGGGAAAGCUAUUGAAGAAAAUGAUCAUUACAUGAUCAACGAGGACCAGGAGGGGUGCCAUCAGCUGAUUAUCACAGCUGUAGUCCCCACAGACAUGGGUGUUUACCGUUGCCUUGCUGAAAACAACAUGGGAGUUGCUUCAACCAAGGCUGAGCUUCGAGUGGACUUGACCAGCACUGACUAUGAGACAGCAGCAGAUGCAACAGAGACAUCUUCUUACUACAGUGCCAAAGAAUAUAUUUCAAGCCGAGAACAGGAGGAAUCUACCACUGAGGAGGAGCAAUUGCCCCAGAUCUUUGAUGAGCUUCAUGAUAUUCAUGUGGCACCUGGAGCAUCACUGGCUAAAUUUCACUUGAAGGUGAAAGGGUACCCACAGCCUCGUCUGUAUUGGUUCAAAAAUGGACAGCCAUUAAAGGCCUCAGAUCGCAUCCUGAAGACUGAUAAACAGGAAUUCCACUCACUGGAAAUUCGCAAUGUCACUAGGGCAGAUGCUGGUCAGUACUCAACGUUUGUCAUCAACUCUGCCGGUUCCGCAUAUUCAUCAGCAAGACUGGUAGUCAAAGGUCCUAAUGAGAAAGAAGAGCCAUCAGAAACAGAUUCCCAUGAGCAGCUGAUACCACCACGGUUCCUUGAAAGAUUUACUAAUAAAAAGGUGAAAAAAGGUGCAAGCAUCACAUUAUCUGUAAAAGUUGAAGGACAUCCACCACCAACCAUUACUUGGCUGAAGGAAGAGUCUCGGGAAGAUAUUCUGUGGAUCAAACCAGAAACUCCUGGGUAUAAACUUGCCAGUUCAAAUAUGCAUCACAGUCUGAUCCUGUUGGAUGUCAAAAGGAAGUACAGUGGAGCUUAUACAUGCAUUGCUACUAACAAGGCUGGCCAGUCCAUCUGCACAGCCACCGUGGAAGUUUCAGAUGUGAAAGAGGCUGAAGUUCUGACUCAGGAGCGUGUGAUGGUGUCAGAAGCCAUCAUGACCACACUAGGAGAUAUUCAAUCCUCUGAAACAAGAGAAGGAGACUUUGAAGGUGUACCCAAAAGCCCUAUUUCAUUAGCUGAUGUUGGCUCAGAAGAGUUCUUUCAGAAACUCACCUCACACAUCUCAGAAAUGGUAUCUGCAAAACUAAAUCAAGCUAAGCUUCGAGUGCCUGGUGCAGAAAGUGAUGAUGAGUCAAAAACACCCUCUGCAUCACCUCGCCAUGGACGAUCCAGACCUUCCUCUAUUGUUCAGGAGUCCUCCUCUGAAUCUGAAGAUGGAGAUUCCAGAGGAGAGAUCUUUGAUGUCUACAUGGUCACAGCUGACUAUUCACCUGCUGCACCUGACAAGGAGGCCAUCACUUUGAAGGAAGGCCAAUACGUAGAAGUCCUCGAUUCAGCUCAUCCUCUGAAAUGGCUGGUCAGGACCAAACCCACAAAAUCUAGCCCCUCUCGACAGGGUUGGGUAUCUCCAGCUUACCUGGACAAGAAGUUAAAGUUGUCACCAGAGUGGGGAACAACAGAAGCUCCUGAGUUCCCUGGAGAAUUUGUUUCUGAAGACGAAUAUAAAAGGAAGCUAAGUGUUCUUAUUCAAGAACUGUUGAUCUCAGAAGAGGAUUACAUUCAAGAUCUACAGUUCCUCCUGACUCAUCACCUUAAGUACACUGAGACCUGUUCCAAUGUCCCAGGAGCUGUUGCUAGUCAGAAAUCCACCAUCUUCAGAAAUAUUGAUGACAUUGCUCACUUCCAUUCCAGUGUCUUUCUCCGAGGCUUGCAGAAAUGUGACACUGAUGAUGAUGUGGCCAUGUGCUUUAUCAAGCGUGAAGCAGAGUUUAAUAAGUACAUCCAGUACCUGGUGGGAAGGGUACAGGCUGAGUCAAUUGUUGUCAGCAAAGCUGUCCAGGAUUUCUACAGGAGAUACACAGAUGAAAUUUUAACUAAUGAAGAUCCUUCACAGCCACUUAUCCCACCACUGCAGCACUACCUGGAAAAACCCAUAACCAGAAUUCAGCAGUAUCAGACUAUAAUCAAGGAAUUAAUCCGAAACAAAGCAAGAAACAGCCAAAACUGCACUUUGCUGGAGCAGGCUUAUGCCAUUGUGUCUGCACUCACCCGAAGAGCAGAAAACAACCUCCAUGUCUCACUCAUUGAGAAUUAUCCAGGCACCCUGGAAAGCCUUGGUGAACCCAUCCGACAGGGCCACUUCAUUGUGUGGGAAGGAGCUCCAGGAGCUAGAAUGGCCUGGAAAGGACACAAAAGACAUGUCUUCCUCUUCAAAAACUACAUUGUGAUCUGCAAACCAAAACGGGACACAAGGACAGACACCUACAGUUACAUCUUCAAGAACAUCAUGAAGCUGAACAACAUAGAUGUGAAUGACCUUGUGGAAGGGGAUGACCGGGCAUUUGAGAUCUGGCAUGAACGGGAAGAUUUGGUCCGCAAGUACCUUCUUCAGGCACGUACAGUGAAUAUCAAGAACUCCUGGGUGAAGGAGAUCUGUGGCAUACAGCAGCGGAUCAGUGAGCCUCUCUGGAUACCUCCAGACUUUGAGGAAGAGCUAGCAGACUGUACAGCUGAGCUGGGAGAGACAGUCAAGCUGGCCUGCAAAGUUACAGGAGCUCCCAAGCCAUCUGUCAGCUGGUACAAAGAUGGAAAGCCUGUAGAGGUGGAUCCCCAUCACAUUAUAAUAGAAGAUCCUGACGGCUCCUGCACAUUGAUCUUGGACAACCUAACAGGCAUUGACUCAGGACAGUACAUGUGCUUUGCUUCCAGUCCUGCUGGAAAUGCCAGUACCUUAGGAAAGAUCCUUGUUCAAGUGCCACCACGGUUUGUGAACAAGGUUAGAAAUGCUUAUCUGAUUGAGGGUGAAGAUGCUCAGUUUACCUGUACCUUUGAAGGAGCACCUAGGCCUCAAAUCAGGUGGUACAAAGAUGGUGUAUUGUUGAAGGACACAAGUAAAUACCAGACUUUCAGUGAACCACGGAGUGGAGUGGUAGUCCUGGUGGUCAAGAACCCUUCCAAUGAAGACAUGGGACACUAUGAAUGUGAGCUGGUGAACAGGUUAGGGUCUGCAAAAAGUGGGGCAGAACUUUAUCAUCACAGUGCUGCAGCCCUGACCCAGGAGAGGAGAGGAGACCAAGCCAUUACUAUAGAAGUCACUGAACAAGAGACUAAAGUGCCCAAGAAAACCAUCAUCAUAGAGGAAACGAUAACCACUGUGGUGAAGAGCCCAAGACAAAGGGGAAGGGUUUCUCCUGCACGUUCUUCUUCAGGUCAUUCGCCUUCCCGCUCCCCAAGAGCGGAGCCAACUCCAGAGCCAGUCUAUGUUUCAAAGAUCAGGCAGCCUGUUCACAGAUAUGAACAGGAGGCAACACCAAAGUCUGCUGUCCCCAUGCUUUUUGUCACAGAACCAGAGGACAGGCAAGGAGCAGCAGCAAGAGAUUUCACUGAAGAGACCAAGGUAGAAGAGAAAAAGCCCAAAUGGGUUGAAGUGGAAGAAAUAAUUGAAUUCAAGGUGAAAAAAUCACCAAAACCUGCAAGGAAAAGAGGCUCUUCCCCAGUAAAACAAGAAAAAGAUGAAUCAGGAGUGUUAACAUUCACUUUUCCUAGCUCAAGGCCCAGGCAUUCCCCAGAAGAUGAUCCAAACACAAACAAUUCCAACAAUAAAUUGGUGGAGCAGUCAAAAUCUUUGCCUAGUGACAGCCUUUCUGAAGCUGAUAUCCAGCCCUUGGUGUACGCAACUGAAGAGGAAGAACCUCAAGUCAGCAACGAGGACAGAAGCUUCCCUUGUGGGUCCGAACAACUAGGGAAUAAUUCAUUUAUAGAUUAUGGAACAGAAGGAAAGAGCUUCCCACAGGAAACAAGUGCUCACUGCAGGUCAGACGUCGCUUCCCCACUGCUUGCCUGUGGGGGUGAGCCUUUGAUCUUCAGAUUUAAGACAACUGCUGCAGACCAGCAUGAACUUCUGUUCUCACUAGCAAGUCCAGAGGUUAAGGAAGAGGCAGAUGAAUUAGACAUAUCUUGGCCUGUUGAAGAGGAGGUACCUGAAGUAAUACAAGAUGUCCUUCCAGAAGAGGAUAAUGUCAUUAUAGUAGAUGAACCAGACGAACUACAGGCAGAUGACAUUAGCACCCGGGACCGCAAAAUCUUAACCCACAAUGGAAAAUUAUUAACUUUGGAGGAUCUUGAAGAUUAUGUUCCUGAAGAAGGUGAGACCUUCAGGUGUGAUGACAAGAACCGUACGGCAGAGAAACCCUGCGAGAUCUCCGUGCUCCAGACAGAGAUUAAUGAGCCAACAAUUGGGAAGCCAGUGCUGCUGAAUCUGGGGAGACCUGUGGUGUCCAAGCCCAGGCAAAGGUUUUUCAGCCAGUUGGAGGAGCACAUUCCUGGGGGCAUGUUCACGUCAGCGUCUAGAGUAACCGGUGUGCAGUCUGUAGGCGCCUCAAACAUCUCUUUCCAUGUGAGUGAUACCUGCAUGUCAGUGGCACCCGGAGUGCAUGCAGCAACAGCAGCAGCUUCUCCUGGUCCCACCUUCACAGUGAAACCAUCUUUCUGCACUGAAGUCCAACUCUCAGCAGACAAUGGACAGUCAAGCUUUAAAACUGAAGUUUCCACAAGAACCCUCAGCUAUGGGACUGUUGGCGAGCCAGUUACCUUGCACAUCAGCACAGAAGACCUCUCCCAAAGCUGAGCAGAUGCAAGCAUAAUUUUCAACACAAAAGAAAGCAGUGUUUUAGAAAAAGUAAUGAUCAAAAUUGUUGUAGGUGAGGGGAAUUGAUGGCAAAGAUUACAAGGUAACAUGUACAAGGGAAUACCUUUGAGGGAAAUAUAUUUAAAUACGUCAUGUUGAGCUUUUCUAGUCUUAAAGGGAACAUGUCUGUCAGAACAGUUUGUAAUUUUAAAAGUUUUGGUCAAGGUGAACAUAUAUCAUUCCAUAGUGGAGCAGUGAUGGUAGGUUUAGGGAAAGCCUGAUUCUCCUGCCUAUGACAGAAAUAUAAAUGAGUAAGUGUGGUUUUGUCCAUGAACUAAGAAAUCAUUUCAAGUGCCAAUUUGUACAUUAUUUUGUCAAGAAGGUGAAAGUAUCUAAGCUUUUCAGCAUCCUUCAGCAGCCCAGGAUAGGAGGACUGUUUCCAGCUAAAACAAUCUCCUGUCACUGUGUGUGCCCAAAGGACAUGAAGCUUCACACUGUCUUGACUCUGCUAUGCAUUUUUGACACCAAUUAGCUCUAACAAAUUUUAUUCAUAAACCUGUCAAUGUACAUAGUCAGGUUACAUUAUUUUAAGCUUCUGCCACAGAAUGAAAAAUACAGAAAAUACUGCAUUUACUCGGGAUGCAAAGGGCUGCUCAUACCUUUUGGUUGGAUUCCUAAUUUGACUAAAGUCAGUGGUGAAAGAUCCACUGACUGAGGAAGCAAGGAUUUUGUUGUUCUCUUCUACUUCAAGUAAAAACGAAAGUCUAUCUUGUUUAAAUGACUGCUAUUUUCAAGUCCACUUCCCAGUUGCCUAAGAUGCAGGUUUCAUUAUUCUGCAUUCUAGUGUAGUGGAUUUAUAAGUCAUAUAUCUUAAAAUACCAAUUUACUUAAUGUGCAGCAAAAGAUUAAAGUGCUGCACAAAAUUACUUCUGCAUCUGUAAUCAAAUGCUAACACAAAGAACCACAGAAGCGGUCUUUGUCAAAAACUAUUAACAGAAGAAUAUUUGGUCUCCUGUACAUGCCAGUGGUGAAAUAUUGCUGUUAACAGAUUUAGGGAUAAUGUCUGCUGUACAUGCUAAGAGGAAUUCACUGCUGAGCUACAGCAAAGUAGCAGGAGCACAAAGACAGUUAAAAAAAAAAAAAAAGAUAAGAUAAAAAAGAAAAUAAUUCUUUACUAUAAAUGCCUUGUUGAAAAAUACAUCUGUUCAAAAUGUAUUUGGUUGCUUGGAAGCACUGCCAGUUGCAAUUGCAUCGUAUUACUGUAACCAUGUAGGCUGACUCGUCUUGUAGAGGUGCUUCCUUCUGUUGAGUUUCUCUGGAGCUUUUCAGUGGGAUCACUGGUUGAGGGGAAGGCUAAGAUGCACUGAGCAUGGCCCGUUCCUGUUGGCUUCACCAAAAAUGGAUGUUGCACAGACAUUCAAAUUGCUCAGCCCUGGAAAGAAGCAAACUCAUAGACCCAAAUAUCGCUCCCAGUUGAAGUCAGCUGAAGAGUUUGUCAUUGAUCUCAGUAGGACCAAGCAUUGGCCCUCUUUAUCUGACAAAGAUAUGGGGUGAAAAUUCCCAACACCUUGUCCCAGCUGAGUUGUGUAUACUGUUGCAAUAGAAGAUGUUUUCAUUUAGAUGGUGUAGGGAAACCAGAAAUGCUCAGGCACAGCUGAAUUUCUAAAUAGCAUAAAGAGAAAGGAUUGAGUGAGUUUCUGUCUCGGAAAUGUAUGCGUGAUGUUGUCUCAGUGUUUCCCAGCUAGGUAAUUCUGUGGAGCUUGUUACAGAGUCCUAUGGGGAAUAUUCCCACUAACAGGGACUGAAUUUACAAAAGGUGCUUGCAGAAAAGAAUAAGUUGGGUUUUUUCUUUUCCUUCUGUGGCUGCACCUUGAUAAUGUGUUGACUAAAAUGAACAUAUUGCUUUCACAGCCUUUUACUUUCAAUAUCCAAAUAAGAUAUUACAUGUAAUAUCGUGUUCACUGCCCUCAUGAUAAAGGAUGCUUUUUCGGUGAUUACAUAUGGUGAAAGAAAUCAAGCCUCUUUUAUGUUACUCUCCUGGUUUUUUUAUAACAUCUCCUUGAUUUAUACUGUUUGUUUUAUAAUUAAGCAAUAUGAUGGAUAUAUAUUAGUGCUUUUUUCGUAUAUUGCACUGUACAUUGGAAAGUAACAGACAUACAACAGGGAAAUACUUUCAAAACUAAAAUUAUUUCUUUUAUAUUGGGCCUAAUUCUGAUCUCAGUUAUUCCAGUAUCUAUCUAGAAUAAUUUCACAGAAGGAAGUGGAUUUCAUUCAGAUUUAGAGAUACUGCUGAGAAAGAAUUUGCCCUAUGAUAGACUUCGAAAACAUAGUAUUAAUCCAAAAGAUAAUAAAGUUGUGUAAAGGAAUGUGGCGGUUUCCUCCUGUUAUGGUUGAUGCUCAGGUUUCUCUAAAGAAGUUAAAAGGUUACAGUUCAGAUGUUUUUAAAAGAAAUAACUAUAGUUUCAUCUGUUAGCUCAAAGCAAUUAACAUCUGUUUACAUUUUCUGUUGAAAUUUAAUCGAAAGGAAUUUUUAAAAUUCUAUGCAGGACUGUUCAAAAAGUGAAAGGCUUAUGAAAAGUUCAUUACAUAUACUUUCAAAAUGUUUUCCUAGAGGUUAAAAAUUAUGCUUGUAAGUGAUUAAACUGUGUAGAUAACUAAUGAGACGUGUGGGGGUUUAUUUCUUGUAGAUGAAAACAUGCAGCUGUAUUAAAAAUUUUAAUACAGUUUUACUAAAAUUCCUGCAGGUAAAUGGGUAUAGAUAAAGUGGAAACUUCAGUUUGCUUGACAUACAAAAGGAAAAACACGUACAAAAAAUCAAAUAUGCUGUUAGAUGCUGAGUUUAUGUCAAUAAACAUAUUGCAUCAGCUGUCACUGAA